AGAAGGCUCAGGGAGUUUGUAAAUAAGCUGUGGAGAGGGGCAAUCAUGGUAUCAAAAUGGUAAAUUGCACAGGUCUCCUCAUGGAACCGAACCAACACCUGAUUUUACAGCAGACCCAAUGUCAGCCUGCCGAGCAAUUGUUCAGCUUUCAAGUACCAGGGGAGAGAUACAAGUACAGUAUCUGCAAAGGUGCCAGAUAAACAGUUGGAAUUGUUCUGACUGUCACACGGCUAGUUGGCUAACAACCUCAUCUCUCCCAAAAGCAGCGGCAGCACCUGCAGAGCGCCUGUGAAAUUUAAUCUUUUCGGCUUAUCGAGAGGCUCUUUGAUUGCCCCAUGGAAGAAUCUAUACACGAUCAUAUGUUGUCACGGGCCAGAGCAAUCUGUCCCCAUACGUAAUUUUUCUCGUCCUUGGCUCUGUCCUACCCCCUCCCUCCGGAAUAUGCCUGCACACACGUUUGUCGUCCUCUGAGGUGCACAUUUGCCAGGCGCACAGCAGAGUGCACCCCAUGGAAACUGUUUCGAAGUCGUUCGCCAGAGCAUCUGCCUCAAAUCCCCCACUCCCGCAUCCAUAAUUCUCCAGUCUCACAACCACCUGAUCCACUUCCACUUCCAGCCACGCUCAGCAGAAGCAGCACCAACAGUUGCAAUCCACGUGAAAUCGGGGGAGGAGAAAAGCGGCCAAGCAACCACGAUGAUCAUAUAAACACCAGAAAAGACGGCCCAGCUGUAAAUUAUACCCUCGAAUCGUCCGUCCACCAUCGCCGUGUGGGGGACAGACACCACGAGCUCGUGCCAGCAUACCAAAGGGCUCCUCGCUGCCACGACGGAUCUCACCAUUAACAUCCCGCGGGCUCGUCCAAUUCCCACUCACUCGAUCGCUCGUGGGGCACAUCUACACGUGAUUUAUACAGCCACGGACCUCCGUAAUCAAACCAGUCUCUCGUUCCGAGCCCCGGGGCGUUUGCGGAAUGCUGUGGAAUCCGAGAGGCGACUCGGGAAUGCUGGCAAGAGCAGGAUGCCAGUUGUAGAUUGGCAUGUCCAAAGGCUGGGGCGGCGAUUUCUUCUUCUUCGUCUCCUCUUCUUUUGCUUCGACCAAGGGUGACAGCUGCUCCUCGUCCUCCUUCUUCGUCAUCUUGCUGGCCACCACGGUGGCGAGCUGCAGCCUCGUGACGACGAGCUUCAAUGCGAAGCGGCGGCCGGUUUUCUUCUCCUUGUGCGUGGACACAUUCGCAGACUUCGCCUCAAUCUGCCGCUUGAUCAUCGAGAACGACUUGGACUUGGCCAGCAGAUGCUUGUGCCGCUCCGGAAUCGGGUACAGCAUGUACGGCUGCCCCGGCAGCAGAGGCUGCUCGGGGAGCAUGAUGUUGAUCUUGUUGCGGUUGCCUAUUCCCUUCUGCGUCUGCUGGCAGUGCACCACCAGAUGGUCCGGAUGCUGCAGCAUCACCUCGGCCGUCACCGUGGGGAACUCAUAAUUCUCGAACACGCCCUCCGUGUUCAUCACCCGCACCCUCGAUCCUCCGCUUAUGCACGCCCCCAGCGACACCGUCUGCCCCAUGAUCUUCCAAUUCCCUUCCCUCUCGACCCGGACUCGAGCGCAAUUCACUCACUCCCCCCCUCCACCGAAUUCUACCAAUUUUUUCACAUAUGUCAAGCAGCGAGCGAGGCCGAAGAAGACUCUGAUCAGAUAUGAAUCCAGAUCCUCGGGAACCUGAGAAAGGUGGAUCAGGAUUGGCUCCCUGCUGCCUGCCUGCCUACAGUCUAAUCAAUUUAUCGAUAAAGGUUGAAAUUGAAUUUCUUUUCUAAUCGGCAGUUGUCAAACCGACGCU